AAUGACAGGGAAAGGAUUACAGAAGCCAGAGAUGAGCUUCAUCGUAUGCUGAGUGAGGAUGAACUACGGGAUUCAACCCUUCUUGUAUUUGCAAACAAGCAAGAUCUUCCAAAUGCGAUGACUGUUUCAGAAAUUACUGAUAAACUUGGUCUGCACUCUCUGCGCCAACGCCGUUGGUACAUUCAGGCUACUUGUGCUACUUCUGGCCAAGGACUCUAUGAGGGUCUUGAUUGGCUGUCCAGCAAUAUCUCUAGCAAGGCAUAAUUGAAGCAGCCAUGGAAAGCUUUGAGUACUUGUGAUGACUUCCAUCACUUUAGAGAAAAGAAAAGAAGCAGAAUAACUAGAAUUUUACAUAUUAAUUAUUUAGGUAUAAUGUUUUUGAACAAACUAAAAUAUUAGUUCCAUACAUGUAAUAAAGAAAGACCAAAGCUUUAUGUUUUUCUUUAGCUUGUAAAACUGAAUGGAAGGUUUCCCUCCAUUGCAAACAACAGGAAAAUAUUUUCUUGCCGUCUGCAAGUAGACAGGAAACAUUUUUUUCCUGUGGUUUCAUAUAAGAAGAAAACUUUUCCCUUGACUAUAUGAACACAUUUUUUUUCCUGUGGUUUGCAAUAUUGAUGGAAAUGGGAAAUUAGAAAUAGAAAAGCCUCUGAAACCUUAUUUACUGUAUUUAUCAGAUAUCAAUUUAAUACCAGAAUCAAACAACAGCACUGGUAGGGUGAGCUA